GUUUGUCCACAGGAGGGCAGCACUGUUAUUUAUUUACUCUCUAAUCAGGUGACAGGAAGCACAUGGCGGUUCUCAGGUGGAGGUGCCGGUAACGAGGGGGAUGAGGGAGUGGAGGAUGAAGAGGAGACAGAAGAAACUGAGGAUGAAGGCAGUGAGGAAGAUGAGGAAGAUGGGGAGGAUGAGGAGGAGAUGAGAAGCGAAGAGGAGGAAGAGCAGGACAACAGCGAGUCCACGGAUGAAGAUUACACGCCCGAGGAGGAGGAUGAGGAAGAGGAGGAAGCUGCAUAACGUGUCAUCGCCUGUCAUCGCUAAGCCUGCACUGCACUUGAUUUCUGACCACAAAGAACAUCAGACUCAGAAGACACAAGAUGCCAACAGAGCAAUUCCAGACAAAGAGAACAGAAGAGCAGUGAAGUCAGUUUCUGAAACGCCAGCCAGCGUUCUCAAGGUUCUACAAAAGGAACUCAGGUUCUACAAAAGGUUUUCUGAGCGACGCCAAAGAAGAACCACUUUCAGUUUUAUUUUAAAUUGGAGUUUGGGUGUGAAGAACUUUUUACUCUGGUAAAGAACCUUUAUGUCAAAUUAAGAGAAAAUUAAACAAUGUGACUUGUUCUUAAAGUUACUGCGUAUCUUUACUUUAUUUUAUUGUUAAAAGUUUCUUCAAGUGCUUAACAACUUUCAGAAGAUCUGAUGGACCUGGUGGAGCAGUUCAAGAUCUAAUCAUGUGGAACAUCAUGCUUAUGCACUUAACAGUAACAAAGUAAAGAAAAAAGUUUUUAAAAA